AUGGCGAUGGACUGGAAAAAAAAUAGCAGUGCUGAUUUUAGUGCACGUGUGAGAACAAACAAAGCCAUUCUAUCCCAGAAUUUCGCUAAAACCGUCUUUGGUAUCUUUUCGAUAGCCAUAACAUUAUACACCGCUAGCGUGUUCACAUUUGAUACGAGUAAUCUAGAAGAGACUGACAUAUCCAUGCGACCGCUUAUUCUAAAGAUGGACUUUCCAUUCAAUAAUAAUAAUACACGAUUUGUUUAUGGAUUGGUAUUAGUUACACAAUUCUUUUGCACAGUGCUAUGUGGCUGUACUGUUGUCAUGUUAAACGUUCUCCUCGUUGUCUUAGUAUUACAUUUAGCUGGUCAAAUCGAGAUUCUCGGAAAAUGGUUCACAAACAUCAUUUCAGAGGAAAAUGGACACAGGCUGAACCUAGCAAUGAUGAGGAAAAUAAUUGAAAAACAUCAGAACAAUUGCAGAGAAAAACAAGAAAUUAUGAGGAAUAAUCGUACGAUCAAUCGAACGGUAGAAUUUAUGCUCACCAUGUUCGGUGUCUGGCCAGGUAUAUCAUGCGUUAUACUCUACAGAGUGUUUUGGAUGAUUACGCUAGCAAUUAAUCAAUUCUUCCACUACUCGUACUUUGUAACGCAUUUUCAUUUCGACAAUCUUUUCGAUUUGAUGGACUGUUUGAGUAGCUUUUUGGCGCAUGUAAAACUAACCGUUAAGCUUAUUAUUUUCUCGUUGAAACAACGAAAAUUCGUAGAAAUCUUGACAACGAUGGCGGAAGACUGGAACGAUUGCAAUAACGACGGUGUUGCGGUGCGCGAAACGGCAGGCAAAACAAAACUAUCGAGUCGUAUUUGUAAUGGAUUAAUUAUUCUUCAUACAAUCGCCGCGUUUGCAUACGUCAUUGGUAUUCUCCUGGCCGAUGCCGACGUCACCGAUCGAACGGCUGAACUCCCUCUCAUGAUGAAAAUGGAAUAUCCCUUCAUUAUAGACACGCAACGCAAGUACAGUCUGGUAUUAGUUACGCAGUUCCUUUUCGUGAUGGUGUGCAGUUGGGGAGCUGGUUUAUUCAACGCUCUGUUUCUAACUCUGACUCUACACGUAGGCAGUCAAAUAAACAUCCUGCUUUGCUGGUUGACAAAAAUUGGAUCAAAAGACAUCGAGAACAAGCAUGAUUCAUUCGUCACUGUCACGACGAAAAUUAUUCGAAAGCAUCAAAAGAUUAUCAAUCUUUCGGAGAACGUUGAAAACCUCUAUUCAUACAUCGCUUUGCUUCAAUUCACAUCAAAUAUAGUGAUGAUAUGCUCAUUAGCAUUUCUUAUUGUGACUGCAAUUGGCAGUCCCGAUGCCACUGAACAAAUAGUAAGAUCACUUUUAUUUUAUGCUGUAACGAAUCUCGAAGCAUUUAUAUUUUGCUUCGCUGGAGAAUAUUUGAGCAAUAAGAGCAAAGCGAUCGGAAAUGCAGCGUAUAAUUCUGCUUGGUACGAUAUGAAAGCUAAGGAUAGUCGUGUUCUAUUAUUUAUAAUUUUAAGAUCUCAAAGACAAUUGAAGCUUACGGCGGGCAAGAUGACAGUUCUUUCCUUUGAGUGCUUUACAAAUAUUAUGAAGGCUUCGGGAUCGUAUUUAUCAGUACUACUGGCAAUGAAAUAA